UUAAUAUUAGCCCACAAUAAUAUCAGUCGAUCCUAGCCAAUCUUUGUGUUGAUCGACUCCUCCAAUAUUCUAGAUGCAAAUAAAGCCUUCGUUUCACUUUCUUUAUUCAAUAUACUCCGAAUACCUCUUGCACUUCUUCCUAUGGUCGUUUCUUAUGGGGCGAAUUUUAUUAUUUCAAUAAAACGUAUCAAUAAAUAUCUUCAAGGAGAUGAGAUAGACCCAGAAACUAUUCAACAUGAGCCGAAUCCGCAUACUCCAGUUGUUUUAAGAAAUGGAACUUUUAGUUGGUCCAAAGAUGAUUCUUCUGUUCUCAAUGGUAUUACGCUCGAUAUCAAAGAUAAAAGUUUAGUUGCUAUUGUGGGUCAAGUUGGAAGUGGAAAAUCAUCCUUACUGUCAGCUCUUCUCGGUGAUCUUUACAAAACCGAAGGAUAUGUGAAUGUUUAUGGGAAGAUUGCUUAUGUCCCUCAAUCAGCUUGGAUCCAAAAUGCUACUGUUAGACAGAACAUCACAUUUUCACAGCCAUAUAUUGAAGAGAAAUACAAUAAAGUAUUGGAAGCAUGUGCUCUAACACAGGAUCUGAAAAUAUUAACUGGUGGAGAUUUAACAGAAAUCGGUGAAAAGGGCAUUAAUUUAAGUGGCGGUCAAAAACAACGAGUCAGUCUUGCUAGAGCAGUUUACGCAAACUCUGACAUUUAUUUCCUCGAUGAUCCUUUGAGUGCAGUUGAUGCUCAUGUUUCCCGUCACCUUUUUGAUAAAGUCAUUGGUCCAACUGGAAUGCUAAAAAAGAAGACCAGAAUUUUAGUUACCCACAGAGUUACUUUUCUACCUCAAGUUGAUGAAAUUAUUGUACUUAAAGAUGGUCAAAUUACUGAACAAGGAACAUAUCAUGAAUUAUUAGCUAAAAACGGUGAAUUUGCUCAAUUUUUACUACAAUUUGUGAGUGAGCAACAUGAAGAACUUGCAGAAGAAGACAAAGAAAUAAUCGAACAGUUAAAAGAAAAAAUGGGUCCUGAGUUUGAAAAAAGAGGAUCUAUUGUUAGAUCAGAAACUCUUUCCAAUAGCUCAGAUGGAAUUCGUAGACGAACCAUGUCCAAUGCCUCACGUCCAUCAACCAAAAAAGGUAACACUAGUCGAAGUAUGUCACAGUUACGAGAAGAGCCUGAAUCGACCAAAGGAAAUGGUGAAAAGUUCAAAUUAGUUGAAACUGAAGUCGCUCAGACAGGAAAAGUAAAAUGGGGAGUUUAUUGGGAGUUUUUUAAAGCUUGUGGCCUGGUUUCAUGCUUGCUUGUAAUUUUAGCUUUCUGUUUAUCAAGUACUUUUAACUUACUAUCGAGUCUUUGGUUGACUGAAUGGAGUAAUGACUCUCUUAAUCCAGCGGCUGCUAAUGAUACAACUCUCAGAAACAUUAGGCUUGGUGUUUAUUUUGGUCUUGGACUAUCGGAGACAACAUUUACAUUAACCAAUAGUAUUAUACUGAACUUUGCUAUUCUCAAAGGCGCUAGACUUAUCCACGAAAAGAUGCUUCACCGAAUGAUUAGAGCACCAAUGUCAUUUUAUGAUACAACUCCGUUGGGUCGAAUACUUAACCGUUUCACAAAAGAUAUUGAUGUUGCUGAUGUCACUCUCACUUUCAAUAUCCGUCUCCUGAUAUCACAAAGUUUUCGAGCGAUCGUAGCUAUCAUUGCUAUAUGUUUAGAGACUCCUUACUUCUUACUUGUUGUUAUACCGAUUGGCUUUGCGUAUAUUUUUGUCCAGAAAUUUUACAUAUCUUCUUCCAGACAAUUGAAAAGAAUUGAAUCAGUCACUCGAUCACCAGUUUACUCGCAUUUUUCGGAAACUGUCUCUGGAGCUACAUCUAUUAGAGCUUAUGACUGCAGCGAAAGAUUCAUUAAUGAGUGUUAUCACAGAGUUGAUAUCAAUCACUCAUCUUACUUCCCCAAUUUAGGCUCUAAUAGAUGGUUAGCGGUUCGGCUCGAGUUUCUUGGAAAUCUAAUCGUAUUUCUUGCAGCUAUUUUUGCCGUGACUUCACGUGGUACUUUAAGCCCUGGUUAUACUGGACUUUCCGUUAGCUAUGCUUUAACUGUCACUCAAGUAUUGAAUAUGUUGGUUCGAGCUGUAUCUGAUGUUGAAACAAAUGUAGUUUCAGUUGAAAGGUGUUUGGAAUACACUAAAACUCCAAUGGAGGCACCCUGGGACUUACCACACAAGAGAACCUCAUCAAAUUGGCCUGACAAUGGACAAAUUGAAUUCAAAAAUUAUAGCACUAGAUAUAGACCAGGUCUCGAUCUAGUAUUGAAAGACAUUUCUUGUACUAUUAAACCAAAUGAAAAAGUUGGUAUAGUUGGUCGAACUGGAGCUGGUAAAUCUUCUCUUACAUUGGCUCUAUUCCGAAUCAUUGAACCGUCUGGAGGAAGAAUAGAAAUUGAUGAUCAAGAUAUUUCUCAAUUAGGUCUUCACAAUCUUCGCUCAAGACUCACGGUUAUACCUCAAGACCCUGUUCUAUUUUCUGGAAGCUUCAGACGUAAUUUCGAUCCAUUCGAGAAGCACACCGAUUCAGACAUUUGGAAAGCUUUAGAACUUUCUCAUUUGAAAGGCUUUGUGGAUUCUUUAGAAUCUGGUCUCAAUUAUGAAAUCGCCGAAGGCGGAGAAAAUUUAAGUGUUGGACAGAAGCAGUUGGUUUGCUUAACUAGAGCUUUACUUCGUAAAAGCAAAGUUUUAGUUCUUGAUGAAGCUACUGCAGCAGUCGACAUAGAAACUGACGAGCUUAUCCAAGGAACAAUUCGUAAAGAGUUUUCCGAUUGCACCAUUGUAACCAUUGCUCAUCGUUUGAAUACAAUUAUGGAUUAUGAUAGAAUAAUUGUAAUGGAUAAAGGAACAAUUGUUGAGUUUGAUUCACCUGCAAAUCUUCUUAAAGACACAAAGUCAAUCUUUUAUUCGAUGGCAAGGGAAGCAAAUCUAAUAUGAUGAAUAAUUAGUCAUCUUUUCAAACACGCAAACUCGCACCAAUACAAUACUUUGAUGUCGCCUUUUCAAUUAUGUUUGCAACUAAUCAUCUUUGGAGUUAUUGAUCAAGUAGUGUCCAAAUUUAGCUCAUUUCUUCUAUUUCGUGUCUCGCUGGACUUAUCUAGUCUAUAAUAAUUUAAGCAAUAACAUCUCUCGAUUUCCUCUACGACUUCACCUAAUUGAAGAAUAGCUGCUCAAUCAUCUUUACUGCUCUCUAUCAACCUCUUUAAGUUCUUCCUUUAUAUUUUUUAUCAAGUAAAAAUCAUGUGGCCUUUUCUCAAAUAAUAUGUUAUAAUGAAUCAUGAUUAGGAUUGAAUUUUAAACCAUAAAGCAUAAAAUGAUAGAAAUAAUAAGAUUUCUAAAUCUAGCUCUUUUCAAAGUAUAGCUAGUUCAACGCAAAAGGCUAUCUUUGUGUUGAAUCAAACACCAACUUGCUUGAAAAUCAUAAUCAUCUUUCAAAAUUUCAUUUUAUGUACAAUUAGUUGACAAAUCAUCCGAUAUUCCUCUGAAGGUUCUCUAUUGUAUAAGCUUGUUUUCCUCUUUAACCGAGUCAUAUUUUUUAUACCUUUUAACAAAUAAUCAUAUUGUAUGUUAUUAUAAACGUUUAUAAACAUUUUAAAAUAUAAAUAAAAUUAUCUUCUAUGCUUAUUGGACAA